GCCACUCUAAGUUUUUCCUCAUGAACCCUCCUACACCGCCGCUAUACGAGACAAGGACAUCGGUGAUAAAGUCUGGAGCCACCUUGCUUCUCCGACUACCGAAUGGCGAGGCCAAGGCUAUCAAGGUGGAGCAGAAUGCGACCGUUUCACUUGGCAAAGUCGGCGCGUUUCCCGCCAAUGAGCUCAUCGGACAACCGUUUGGGCGAACAUACGACAUCAUCGACAAAAAAUUGAAGGUCUUGCCUCCUCGUGUGAUGGCUGAUAUUGAGGAUACAGACGCCACCAACGAAUACAUAAAUGACGGGCAAUCUGUCCAGCCUCUUACCCUGGCAGAGAUCCAGACACUGAAACAAUCUGGUACUCACGCUUCGGAAAUCAUCAGGCUUCAAAUCGAACAGCAUGCAAACUACUCUCUGAAAACGGAGUACAGCAAGGAGAAGUAUAAGAAGAGAAAGGAAGCAAAAUAUGGCAAAGUCUUCACCUGCAUCGAACCAACGCUCUUCAACGUCUGCGAGUAUUGGUUCCGAAAAGACCCUGCGCGCGUACGCGACAUACGAAUCGACGCUCUGUCACAAAUCCUUCACAUGGCAAACAUACGACCAGGGGGAAGGUAUCUGGCAGUAGAUGACGCCUCGGGUCUCCUUGUUGCUGGUAUACUGGAGCGAAUGGGCGGCCAAGGACGUCUGAUCACGCUCUGCAACAACGAUUCUCCACCGGCUUACCCUGCUGUUGUGAACAUGAACUUCAACGAAGAGACUGUCGCCCCGGUCCUUGCCUCGAUAAACUGGGCCCUGACGGAGCAGGAACAUGUACCCGUCGUCGCGCCGGUUGAACUUCCUUCUGAGCAAAUCAAGUCAGACAGGCAACGCACGCGGAUGGACAGGCGGAAAGCUGCCCAAGAUCUCAUCAACAGCAUUCGAGAGGAAUUGUAUGCGGGGGAAUUCGAAAGGCGAGUGCAGUGUGGUGCAUGUGUGGCAUCUCGGUCUAACAGCAUCAAUAGUCUCAUUGUCGCGAGCGACUACGAACCUCACUCUAUCUUGGAACGCCUCGUUCCACAUUUGGCUGGCUCUGCGUCCAUAGUGGUUCAAAGUCCCUACGGGCAGGUAUUAUCUGACCUGCACGGCAAAAUCCGAGGCACACCAGGGUAUCUCUGUCCUUCGGUAUCAGAAGUAUGGAUGCGAAGAUAUCAGGUGCUCCCCGGGCGGACACAUCCAACAAUGAACACGUCUGGGACCGGGGGAUUCAUAUUCCAUGCCAUCAAAGUCUUCGACGACGGAACUGCGAAUGCCGUGACCGCAAAGAAAACCUCCAAGCCCAUGACAAACAAGCCGACGACGGUCAAAUCGGAAGCUGACGUUCUCGAGAUGGAGGAGGACGAGACAUCCGCCGAAUCGAAGGUUAAGAUAGAGCCGCAAGCCCAUGCUUUAGACGUCUCGAUGGCCGAUGCAGAGAUACAUAAUUGAUAGGGUGUGUCAUUACAAUACGCGCGUGAUUUCAUGAAAGAUUCGGGGAGACA